AUGAAUUCGUAUGAAUCAUCCCAUUUACCUCGAACCUAUUCAACCAGGCGAGGACCAUUGUUAUUAUUCGCUGAAGAUUUUAUAAAACCAAAAUCUGACGAAAAUAGCGUCAUUUCAUCAGCACCAAUGAAAUUAGAUGAACUAAAAAAAGGUAUAUUGGCGUAUAGUAGUGAUGAUGUGAAUGAUUGUAUAAAAAAUCACAUUAGUUCAAUUAUGUCUGAUGAAAGUACUGUGUUGACGAGAUUUUUGAAAAAACGAGAGGCAAAACAUGUAACUUCCGCUACGCAACAUUGUGUUUUGAGACGAGAUGACGAUGAAAGAGAUUAUGAAUAUGCAAAUAAUAGUGAACAAGCUCAAAACAAAGAUUCGGAUAAAAUAAAAGUUGUCAAUAGUAAAGGUAGUCAGUUAUCGUACAAAAGUUUACCUCAGUCAGAAAAAGAAAAUAUUCUUGCCGAUUUAUUAGUUCAAUCUGCAUUACAUAGCAUAUCCGAACAAAAUGUGGAAAUAUUCGAAGAUGCUUUAUAUAGAGUAAAAGAUGUCGAAGUCAUGAAUGAUCCUAUUGCUUCAACAACUGUACCUGAUUUAAAUCUAUUGAAUACAGAUAUUGUACUCGAAUCUCCUCAAAUAAAAGAUUCUAUUAUUGGAUCUGAUAUUAUUUUUCCUAAUAAUGAAUCUGCAUCUCAACCACUCCCACACAUGUUUGGUAAAAUGCAAGGUACAAGAUGGGUGAGAAAACCAAAUAAACGGUUAAAUCCGAUCGUGUUGAAUGAAGAACAGACAAUGAUGGCUGAUAAUAUUCAAACAGAAAAUAGUAAAGUGUUAACUACUCAACUGACAAAUACAAGCAGUGAAAUAGUUACAUCGAACAGUAUGAUCUUUUCACAUUUUCAUUUAAUUGAUCAAGCAUUCGAAAAACAACAAUCAGAUGUUCAGCGACAAAAAUCAUCUAAAAGUUUAUAUCAUCUAUCGCAUCAGGACACAGUGAAGACGUUUGCUUCAGAUCUAUGCGUUAUGUCAUCGUUAAAUCAUAAAGAACGUUUACAAAUGGUCGGAUCAUCUGGUCAGAAUAGACAAGAAAGUAUGGCCGUUAAUGAAUAUCAAUCAGGCAUCUCUGAUACGGAAACUGAGCUUAAAGCAACUUUUCAUCCAUGGGAAAUUAACAUCGAUACAAUGGAAGAGGAUCGUUCUUCAAAUGCUAAUAUUAUACAAAUGGGACAAUAUACCCAUCGAACACAAAAAUUUGUUAGAUUGAAAAGAACUAUACCAGGAGUGUUGCUCAUAGCACCAGGCGGUCAAAUUUUAACAGUCGGUCAAUCAAUACAAUCAGAAAUUGAUGAUGACGCCGAAGUUCUUAAUAAUCCAUUUCCUAAGCAACAACAGGCUGUUUCAAAAAUAAAACAUAAUAAUGCACCAACUAUACCCAGCAUUAUUGGCGGGAAACGAGAAAGAUUACCGGAUGAAACAAUGAUACGAAGAACAAUGAAUUUUGAAAAUGGCGAUUUCAAUAGUCAAAGUGGAAUUUAUACAUGGAGUUACGAUAUUCCUAUUCAAGAAAGAAAACCACCACAGGAGUAUAUUUCCAUACCAACUCCACCACCACUGGGACUCUCAGCAUUUUCCGGAAAAAAACAUCAUCAUGUAAAACGAAACGUUGAACAUAUACAUGAUUCUGCUAUUCGUCAUUCAACAUUACUGAUGCAUAAUGAAACUGGAAUUGAGACAAAUCAUCAUAUUUUACAAAUGCCACCUCAAUGCGUCAUGGAAUCAACUGCUGUAUCACCAGCACGAUCUCUAUCUUUAUUUACAACAUGGGGCUAUCAACGACAAAGCACUCAUCCCGUAAUGAAACAACCCUAUUUAUUCAAAUUGAAUCAUGUACCUAAAGGAAUAAAAGGAACAAAACAUUCAGCAUUAGAAAACGAAACAUUUAUUCGAAGAACAUUGGAUGUUCACGGAGGAGACAUAGAUGCCUCAUUGAGUUAUACAAUUUGGGUGUAUGAUAUGUGGAUUAAUAAUUUGAUUAAACGUGGUGUAGAUAUUUACUAUAUCAAAAAAAUAAAAAAACUUCUCGAUUUAUUCAAAGGAAGAAAAUUGGAUAUACAAGAUAAACAUUUUUUCUCAGCAUUAGCUAAACAUGCCCAAACACUUGCGAAAAUUAUUUUAAAGCGAACAGAUUCCGGACAUCAUUUGAUCGAAGAUGCACAGCAUGCUAUUAUUGAAAAUUUACAAAAUUUAAAACAAUUGUUAGAUAAAGUAUUGAAGACUUUAACAGUAGAUGAAUAUAAAGAAAUUUUGAAAGACACAUUAACUUAUGUUUUAAGUCGUAGUAAUUUAAAUAAUUUAGCAACUAAUGAUGAAUUAUUUAUGCAAUUGAUGGAUUAUCCAGCAGAUGCUUUCGAAAUUUACAUUGAUGAACGAAGUGGAAAAGAAAUUAUUCGUUUAAAGGGUGUUUUUCGAGAGAAAAAAUUAAGCGUCAAAACAUCAAAAACAGUAAAAAAGGAAACAAAAACGGUGAUUAUCUCCGAAGAAUUAUCGGUCGAUGAUUUUGAAGAAGUUGUAGAUGACAUUACGGGAGAAAAAAAUUUUCGUUUAAAAAAAGAAGUGGUUGAACAAAAAAGAUUAAACAAUUUAAUGAAUGCAAAUUUUGAUAUUGCUAUCGACAAAGAAAGCGGAAAAAAAAUUGUAAAACUGAAAGCCGGUGUCGAUGGUGCGAAAGUCGAAUUUGUGAUCGAUGAAAAUGCAAAACAAAUUCUCAUGAUGUCAAGAGAGAUUGCGAAAACACCUUCUGUAAUUGAAUCGGAAAUUACAAUGGAUGAUUUUCACUUAAUGAUAGACGCGAACGGUGAAGCUGUGCUGCGAAUGAAAGUAGACGUAACAUUGAAAAAAGGUUUAACUGGUUUAGAAGAGACAAAUUUUGAAAUUUUUAUUGACGAAAAAACUGGCAAGCAAUCGAUUCGCGUCAAAGAUGAUUAUCAUAGUAGUGGAAUUGAAAUCGUUACGGAUAUAAUUACAGGAAAACAGAAAAUUAUCAAACGAACCAUUAUGGAUUUUGAGCCUGAUAUAGAUGUUGUCGAGAGCCAGUUAGAUCAGGAUGAUUUUGAACAAGUAGUGAACGAGAACACUGGAGAAGUAGUGUUAAAAUUAAAAAGUCUUGCUGCGGCUAGAAAGGGAUUAACAGAUUUAUUAAAUGUCGAAUUCCAAAUGAUUUUUGAUGAAAAAACGCAACAACAAAAAAUUAUUGUAAAAGGGGGAUCAAGUGAAGGUGUAUGUGAUACUGCACAGUUUGAGCUCAUCACUAAUGCAAGUGGAAAAACUACUAUCAAAGUAAAAAAAGAACGAUCACCAUCGCCCGAUCUUGACGUAACCGAAAAAAUAAUUGACAUUAAUGAUUUUGAUGUUAUUAUCGAUGAAACUGGAAAGACAGUUUUGAAACUGAAAGUGGAUGUUGUUAAACAGUUUGGAAUGAUGGAAUUGUUAGAAGCCAAAUUUGAAACAUAUAUCGAUUCUAAAACGGGAAAAAAAUCCAUCCGAGUUCAUGGAAAUGAAAUUUUUGAUCAAAAUGGUAACUUAUGCUUCGAGAGAAAACAAGUCUUGAGAAUGAUACAAGAAAUGCAGAAGCAAACUCCACUAAUAGAAAAGUCAAUAACCAUGAAUGAUUUUGAAAAAGUCAUCGAUCCUACAACUGGAAAAGAAUAUUAUCGUUUAACGGAUGAAGCAGCCAGAUUGAAAGUUGUAAACGUGAAAAUUGAUUUGGACGCUGAUGGGUUUAUUCUCUAUUGGGACCCAAUAACCGGAGAAGAGCAAUACGAAUUAGAUGAUGAUCUGUCAGAAAGUGAUAGUCGUGAAAAUGUUGAAUUUGGACCUGUAAUUCAUUCAAAUAUUGGCAAAAAAGCCUUCCGUAUGAGACAAAUAUUGAGUGAGGAUAGAAAAGUACAUAAAUUUGCACAAGGGCUAACAAGGAGGAACCAACGUUUUCAAGUGAAAAAAGCACUCUCAAAUGAAGAAAUUGUUGCUCGUCAAGAAACUCGGAAAGGAAAGGGUAUAACGAGUUCACCUGACGAAUUCGGUGAAUCCACUCCUUCACCAAUAGAACAACAAGAUGAAACAAGAGAUGUUCGUAGAGACCGCCCGUUGGAACUAAAAAGUGAUUCAGACAAAGUAUCUGGAAUUGAAUGGACUUCAAACGAUGAAAGAAAACUGGACAGACUGAGUGCCUAUAAACAACGAAAACGAAAAGAACAAAUACUUGUAGAGAAAAAACGAGAGAUGGCUGAAAUGAAACGACAGUUAGAAUUAGAUCGAAAAAAACGACUCAAAAAUGUUGAGAAUGACAAUGACGAAAAGUACUCAGAUGACCAAGAUAAAGCAUACUCGGACAGUCGAGACGAAACGAAUGAUGUGAAUCUCGAGGAAAAACAUUUGCCUAAUCUCGAUGAACAUCGAGAGGAAGCGAAAGAUGUCAAAUAUGAAGCCAAACAAAAACAAUUAUCUGUCGGUCGUACUAAAUUUAUCAGAACUACGUAUGGAAAAAGAGUUGAACGUUUGGAAAAAAAAGAUGAAUCAAAUGAAUCAGAUGCUAGUACAUUUGAGGAAGAACAACAUUUAAUCGGUGAUCAAAUUCGAGUAGAUGAGCAAGAUAUGUUUAAAAUGAUAAGCGAAGAAGAACGUGAAGAUUAUUACCGAAAACAAAAUGAAGAAAGAGUACGUCAACAUCAACAAAAUGAACUUGAACGACAAAAACGUGAAGAUAUAUUGAAAGCUGCACUACAAGAAAUAAAAGAACGAGCAAAUGCAAAGGCAGCUGAAUUAAUUGCAAUUGAACUUCAAAAACGUUCAUUGGCAGAAAAUUAUGCCGAUUUAAAAAAUUUAACAAUAGAACAACAUAUUUCACGAGCAUUCACAUAUUCAUAUUUUUCAUUGAUGAAUAUUUCGAAAAAAAACGCUAACAAAUAA